AUGUCUUCAGAGCCAUUGAGGAAUUGCCAUCAGGAUACCGCCAAGCACGUUUCCAAGGACAGCAACGAGCAGAUGGAGCCUAUUGCAAUCGUUGGUAUGGCAGUAAGACUUCCUGGUGGCAUCAACAACCCACAAGAACUGUGGGAGUUCUUGAUCCAGAAGAGAGACGCACGAGGACCUAUACCUCAGAAUCGCUACCAUGGCGACGCUUUCUUCGACCCCGUUAGCAAGCCUGGGAGUUGUCCAGUAAACGCUGGAUACUUUCUGGACCAGGAUCUUGAACUAUUCGAUGCUGCUGCAUUUCCAUUAUCCAUACCAGAGAUUGAAGUCCUUGAUCCGGUCCAGAGGCAGCUACUUGAGAUAGUGCGCGAAUGCCUAGAGAGUGCCGGCGAAACUGGACAGUCGGGCAGAGAUGUUGGAUGCUUCGUCGGUACCUUUGGUGAAGAUUGGCAAGACUUGCGAAGAAAAGAUACACAAGAUUUUGGUGCGCAUAGAAUGACAGGAUCUUCCGACUUUGCUGCCAGCAAUCGCAUAUCGUAUGUCUACGACUUUCGUGGACCGAGCGUCACAACUCGUACAGCGUGUUCCGCAUCGUUGAUUGCGCUACACUCUGCUUGCCAGGCUCUCUAUCAAAACGAUUGCUCUUCCGCCGUUGUCGCCAGUGCCAAUAUCAUCAUCUCACCUACCAACACAUCCGGACUUGGUGAGGUCGGCGCGCUCUCUCCUGAUGCAUCUUGCAAGACGUUCGAUGCAAACGCAAAUGGUUAUGCUCGUGCUGAAGGCGUGGCAGCUCUAUAUAUCAAAAAGCUUAGCGACGCAAUCGCCUGCAAUGAUCCUAUCCGCGCAGUGAUAAGGGCCACAGCUUCAAAUUCGGAUGGAAGGGGCUCCUCGUUCUCAAAUCCAAACCCAGACGCCCACGAGGCACUCAUCAGGACGGCAUAUCAUAAAGCUGGUCUUUCACCUGCAGAAACUGGAUUUGUGGAACUCCAUGGGACAGGAACCCUGGUGGGAGAUCCGAUUGAAGCUGGUGCUGUUGCCAAAGUCUUUGGGACGAGUGGUACAUACAUUGGAUCAAUCAAGCCAAACAUCGGGCACUCCGAAGGCGCCUCUGGAAUAAUCAGUGUUAUCAAAGGCGUUCUUGCUCUGGAGAAUCUGACAGUACCGCCAAACAUCAAGUUUCGAACUCCAAGUCCGAAGAUACCAUUCCAUGAAGCUAAAUUAAUGGUACCGACGGAUCCUUUACCUUGGCCAAAGGACAAGAAAGAGAGAGUCAGUAUCAACUCUUUCGGUCUCGGCGGCUCGAAUGCACAUGUCAUCAUAGACUCGGCACAAUCGAUGGGCAUCAGAGAGAGAAUAUCCGCGCCCGCUGCGAUUGAUACUCCUCAACUUCUUGUGCUCUCAGCAGACCACCCAAGCUCCCUCGAAAACGUGUUUCGUGGCUGCUCAACAUACCUUCAGAAGCACAGAUCCAAUGCUGAGAACCUGCUGUUCACUCUCAACACGAGGAGAGAACAUCGCCAACAUCGAUGCUUCUCUAUACUACACGAUACGCAGUUAUUGCCUGUUUCGAAGCCCAUGGCGGCUUGCGAAGACCCGGAAAUUGUGUUCGUCUUCACCGGACAGGGCGCACAGUAUUUUGGGAUGGCCAAGGAGCUUGCGACACUCUCUUGUGAAUUCGCUGAAGAUUUGCAACAGCUAGACAACGCCUUGUCCAGCCUUGCACAUCCUCCCUCCUGGUCCAUCAAAGAUCUGAUAAUGCAUCCUCGCAAAGACCUUGAACUGGGAGGUGUCAUGGCCCAGCCUCUUUGUACAGCGAUUCAGAUAGCACUGGUCAAUCGACUACGUGCAUUGGGCGUUCAGCCGAAUGUCAUCGUCGGACACUCCAGCGGUGAAAUCGCCGCAGCAUACGCAGCUGGAAUAGUCUCAAUGCACGACGCGAUGGCGUUAUCCUAUCAUCGUGGCCAAAGCCUCCCAGCAAGUUCACGAAAGGGAGGGAUGGUAGCAGUAGGAAUGGGAAAGACUGACGUUCAGUCCUUCCUCCGGCCCGGCGUAACUAUUGGAUGUGAGAACAGUCCUUCCAACGUCACUCUUUCUGGAGACGCGGAGGUCUUGCAGCAAGUUGUCCUGGAAUUGAAGAGGUUAAGCCCGGCAACUUUUGUGCGCGUUCUGGAUGUGGAUAUGGCAUAUCAUUCUUACCAUAUGAGGGAAGUUUCCAGUGUGUAUUCAAAGGCACUAGAGGGACUUUCUUUCUGUCGUCCGGGUGUUCCGUACUUCUCCACAGCCUACGGACGCUGGCUGGACACGAACGAAAUUCUCGAUACGGAUUACUGGAAGACGAACCUAGAAUCCCCGGUUCUUUUCAAUACUGCGAUUCAUGGCAUCCUCAAGAAGACCAAAAAUCAACUCAUCUUCCUCGAAAUCGGGCCGCAUUCGGCUCUAAAGGGACCUCUGCGUCAAUGUUUCCAGAGUUCCUCGCAAAAGCCACAACCCUUGUACAUCCCAACCUUGGUCCGAGGCCAGAAUGCAUAUGUAUCUUUGCUUACAACAUUGGGAAUGCUGCAUUGUGCGGGCGUUAAGAUCGAUCUGCACGCUUUGUCGCCAGCCGGAAAAGUAUUACAUGAUCUGCCAUCGUAUCCAUUUCACCGCGAGCUCAUCUCGAAAGAAAGUCGUAUCUCGAAGGCGUGGAGAUUCCGAAGACACAGCCGCCACAAUCUUCUUGGAACGCCUAUCCUAGAGAACAAUGAUCUCGAGCCAGCAUGGCGGAACGUCUUGCGGCCUACAGACGUGCCGUGGAUCUGCGAUCAUCAGAUUGGCCCGGAUAUCAUCUUUCCUGCGGCUGCAUACAUUGCAAUGGUAUCCGAGGCAAUCCGACAGGUAACCAAUUCCAAAGAAUGUACAGUCUUGCGUGUAUCAAUCUUGGCUGCAAUGAUUCUGCACGACGGUCGAGCAACUGAAAUAGUCACUAGCCUCAGACCACAUCGUUGGACUGAGACGCAACUUUCGAGAGGUUACGAUUUCACAAUCUCAUCUCUAGCCCACGAUACCUGGGUGACGCACUGCCGUGGUCACGUCAAGCCAACCGAGGAAGAGCUCGCGAGUUCCAAGGACUUUGUCAGUUUUCCACGACACGUCAAAUCUCGGCAGUGGUAUGACGCUCUCAGAAGAUGUGGACUCGACUAUGGACUGGCGUUCGCCGGCCUUACGGACAUCACCUGCUCAGUAGAUGAAGCCUCUGCUUGCGCCGUGGUAUCGAUGGACAGAUGUCUAUCUGAGYCAUCCUAUUCUAUCCAUCCGACUCUGCUCGAUGAAGCGUUGCAGCUUCUGAGCGUCGCUGAUGCUAGAGGACAUCCCCGUGCGAUUUCAGGAACACACAUACCAACAUACAUCGAGAAGCUUUCUCUCAAGCCAACGGCAUCCACUUUGUCAAUUCGAGCCGAUGCUGAUCCUUCUGGGGGUAUGAGUGGAUCGAUGACUGGGUGGUCGGAUGGCCAGAUUGUUCUGAGUGGUCAUGGUAUUCAGAUGUCCAAGUUGGAGGACCUGCAGGUCGACCCCAGCACGGAAUCACAAUCUGGCGCUCGGAUUCAUUACUUACCACUUCUUCGAUUCUUGGACCCGACUGUGUUGUUGAGAGCCGAUAGCGAUACUCAAACAUCGAGCUACAGGUCCUUUCUCCGACUGUUCACGCACGAAUUUCCUCGAUGCAACAUCCUUGAGAUUCUGGGAGGGGAAAGCUCAAUUACCGGAAGCUUCAUCGGAAACUCAUACUCCGACUCUGGAGAACGCAUGUUUGCUUCCUAUACACUGGCAAGCACGGAAGACAUGAUUCUGGCAGCAGCUAGAGCGAAAUUCGAUCGCUCUCCUGGGGUGAAAUUUGUCAUGUUCGACGCACCACAACAUGCCCCAGAGCAAGACUUACUUCCAGGCUCCUACGACCUCAUCAUUGCACACAAUCUGAUUGAGUCAUCUCCAAAGUUGAAGCGUCUUCGGCAGCUUUUAAAGCCGUGCGGCUAUCUGCUGUUAGAUGAAUGUCUCGCGGCAAUGCAAGUCGAUUCCCCCGUCGAGACAGAGGAAUCCGAGUUGGGGGUAUUCGAAUCAGAUUGCACGACGAUCAAGUCUUGUAAAACCCCUGAACGCUGGACCGAUGCCUGGCAACAAGCUGGCCUCAGCAGACAAUUAGUCUCCGGAAGUUCUGCGGGGCGCAAUCUGGUAGUCGCGCAACCCGAUGCCAUGGAAAAUCUCAAUUUAAAACAAGUAACACUACUUGUUCCUCUGAAGAUUUCGUCCACGGUGACCAAAAUCGUGAGAAUCUUGUCAGAGAAUGGCAUUCUGGUGGAACUUUGCACACUGGACGACGUCCCACCCGUGGCAUCCAUCGUCGUUUCACUUCUUGAAAUCGAUGACCCCUUUCUUUACGACAUCAACCCGCAAGCUUUCCGGCAGCUGACCACAUUUCUAUCAGCAUUGACGCCACAGCAACAGUUGAUCUGGCUGACUCGAUCUACCGAUCCUCGAUAUUCUCUGGUUCAUGGUUUGGCUAGGAAUGUCAGGUUCGAACUUGGACUGGACUUUGCGACAUUGAAGGUCGAUGCUACGAACGAUUCAUUCUUGGACAUCUUGCCCUUGUUUCUCAAGAAGUACAGGCACGGGGUCGUAAGAUCAGACGCUAUAGAUUUUGAGUAUGUUUACAUGGACGGCAUUAUCCAAGUUGGACGUUUCCAUUGGUACUCGAUUCCAUCUGCCCUCUCCCGGCCAGCGCCCUCCACGACCGGGGCAAGACUCAAUGUCGGCAGAAAGGGGUUGUUGCRGAGCUUGGCGUGGAUCUCAGAUUCGCCUGAGGAAGAGUUGAGCGAUAAUAUGGUAGAGGUCGAGAUUGCGGCUGUCGGCAUGAACUUCAAGGAUGUACUUGUCGCAAUGGGCGUGGUAUCGAGUUCCACWCUCGGUAUCGAGGCCUCAGGCACCAUUAUCCGAGUUGGAGAUGCUGUGCACGAUCUACGACUCGGCGACCGUGUGGCGAUUGCCUAUAAUGGCUGCUUCAAAACUCGCAUCACUGUGCCAAGAUUGAACUGUAUUAGCAUUCCGGACGGAGUGUCUUUCGACGACGCAGCUACCGUGUACGGCGUUUACUGCACCUCGCUCCUUUCUCUGAUGCAUAUCGCCAGAAUCUCCGCCAAGUCUUCUGUCCUUAUCCAUUCAGCAUGUGGUGGAAUUGGCCUCUCCGCUAUACAGCUAUGUCGCUCUGUUGGAGCCGAGAUCUACGCGACAGUCGGCAGUAACAGGAAACGGAAGCAUCUCCAAGAUGCAUGGAACAUUCCCGCUGAUAACAUAUUCAGUUCCCGCGACAGGACCUUCCACCGAGAUCUGAUGGCACGCACCAACAACCGCGGUGUUGAUGUCGUAUUCAACUCUCUCUCCGGAGAGCUUUUGCAUGCCUCAUGGGAGUGCGUUGCAGACUUUGGAAUGAUGGUUGAACUAGGCAGACGAGAUAUCCAGGAGCACGGAAACCUGGACAUGAGCAGAUUCAGUAACAAUCGUGGAUAUCAUGCCGUUGACUAUGCGCAAAUCUUAGACCACAGGCCAGAGCUGAAUCAGAGCUUGAUGCAAGAAGUAUCUGACCUCCUCCACGGGAAAAAGAUCUCCCCGGUCGCCCCAUUGACAGCAUUCGAAGCAGACGAUAUAGAAGAUUGCUUUCGAUUCUUCCAGAGGGGUGAACAUAUUGGUAAAGUCGUGGUGCAUAUGCCGAAUUCCGUUCACGACCUCAAAAUCUCGGACUCCGUGAGACAAAAGACAAAAUUUGAUCCCGAUGUUGCCUACCUACUCGUUGGUGGCCUUGGAGGGCUCGGUCGUGCCGUCUCUGUCUGGAUGGCCGAGCGAGGGGCCAGACAUUUGGUAUACCUCUCACGAUCAGAGCUGUCUUCAGCAAAGUUGGAUGUCUUGCAAGAAUUAUCUGCAAUGGGUUGCACGUAUCAGGUCUUCCACGGAAGUGCAACGAAUGCCGCCGAUGUUGAAAAGGCAGUUCGCGAAAGUAGCAGACCGAUACGAGGCGUUUUGCAAAUGGCUGCGGCUUUGAAGGACAAGAACAUCUCCCACAUGACCCAUGCCGACUGGCAAUCCGGAAUCUCCCCCAAAGUCAAGGGCACACUCAACAUCCACCACUGCCUAUUGCAGUCUCCUCUUGACUUCUUUGUCAUGUUCUCCUCCCAUGUCGGACUUCAUGGCUGGUACGGACAAGCCAACUAUGCAGCGGGCAAUGCCUAUCAAGAUGACUUUGUCCAAUAUCGGCACUCGCAAGGACUCGCAGCUUCUGUGCUGGACAUAGGACCAGUAGAGGAUAUUGGAAUGACAUCAGAAAACCCCGAGCUCGCGCGACGACUGAGGAGUACGCUUGAAUUCUUACCCGAAAAGGAUUUCUUCGAGGCGCUGGAAUUGGCAAUCGCACAAUCACAUCCAGGCGAUUUGGGCGGUCAGAUUGUGUCUGGCCUGAAACCUACCGUCUCCUCGACCGAUGCCAAUAGCAAUCUACCGUGGGCUAAUGAUGCCCGGUUUCUGGUCUAUCGAAGCCUGGAAGAAGAUGUAAACGGCACAAGUUCUUCAUCUCCAUCAUCCAACCCUCUUUCGGAAUUCCUCACUUCCUGUUCGCGCGAUCCGUCCAUCCUGGCAACAGAGACAGCCUGCACAACAUUGUCUCGGGAACUACUGUUGAGGAUCUGCUUAUUCCUUGUAAUUGGCGAAGAAGAACAAGAAAAGCUGUUGAACACCACCUCGUCGGAUCUAUCGCUAUCAAAUUUGGGAGUGGAUUCAUUGGUUGCUAUUGAAAUCCGGACUUGGUGGAGGCAGAAGUUGGGGGCUGAAGUCACGGUUCUACAGAUCUUAGACUGUGGUAACAUGAAGAGAUUGGGCGAGUUUGCGGUGGGCUCGUUGAAGGAGAGAUUCUACAAGACGGGUCGUCAAGGAAGCGAAGUUGGCUAG